CGACACUAAAAAGGGUCGCUUUCUUCGGUUCUCGCCGAAUGAGGCGGGAUGCCCGUGGGCUCACUGCUGCCCCGGCCCGAGCCCUGGGCUCGCUUUGCAGCCUGAGGAGUUCAGACCACAGCCGCGUGGCUCCUUCGCCCUCCUGUCAAAGUCUGCAGGCUGAGGGGCGCGGGGCGCAGGCUUCUUCCUGAGCGGCUCAGUACUGGCUUAGAUUGGAGUCUCUGGGACUCUCACCUUGGCACCUCCUGUUUAUCCUCCUUCACCCCGUCACACGCACGCACACGCACACACACACACACACACACACACACACGCAACACGCGCGCUACCACCAGAGGACGUGCCCCUUUGGUAGUGUCGGGGCUCCGAGGGCAAGCUAGGGGAAGGGCGCCUCCCUGUCUCCUCCUCCCCAUCCCUGCCUCGGCUCAGGGUUUUACUGCAGCAGCUGGAGGUGACAGCGACGUCUUGCCUCCUCCUCAGUUGCUUUCGGAGCACCGGUUCCCCUGCAUCGGAAAAGCACCCCUCCUAAGAGGCUGGUCCCCGAAGAAGUGAGAACGAGCUACAGAUAAAAGAUAGCCACAUUUUAAAAUGUAGAAGUCGCCGCGCUGCAUUCCUCCGAGACGGGCGCGAUCUCCCAGGACAGUGGCAGCGCCUAGGAAGUUGGGACCGUAGAGCAGGGGGAGGGGAGUGGUGCAGCCGGCGGGCUCUUCUAGGAGGAAGGAGUCUCUGGGAGCAUUGCGGUUGGGCACAAGUUUGCGUAAGAGUGUUUUCCUUUUGUCAAUAAUUAAUCACCGGAAUCAGUCUGGCAGAAUUGGAGUUUUAGCAAUAAUGCAGAAGGCGGGGCCAAACACCUAACUCUGGGAGUCUCUGGGUGCCCCACGCAGCGAGCAGCUCAGAGCGGCUGGGGAGGAGCCAGAGCAUCAGCUAAAGCCACAGAAAGCGCCGGCAGCGUGGAGUGUCCUCUCCACCCUGGCACCUGCAGCACCUGGAACCCUCAGGGUACAGGAGUCACUAGCCAGUAGUGCAUCCCUACACCGUGACCUGCUCUAAAAAUAACUUAUGAAGCAAUAAGUAACCCAGAGAGGAGAGUUGACCCUUACAAGAUCAUUUGAGGACAAGUGAAGCAGAAGAUCAGACCUGGACGCUCCCAGCAAGAAACACCAUGUAAGGACUGGCCUUCAAGUUGCCAUCUUAGAAGCAAAGACAGGGCCUCCUCCCGACAUCGUACCUGCCGGUGCUCCCAUCUUGGACUUCUUAACUGCAGAACUGUGAGAAAUAAAUUUCUUUUAUUUGGUGGACUUUCUACAGCUUGAAGGAGCAUCAUGAGCAUGGAUUUCAGGCGUGUGAAAGAGUACUUCUCUUGGCUCUACUACCAAUACCAAAUCAUCACAUGCUGCGCUGUCUUGGAGCCCUGGGAGCAAUCCAUGUUCAACACCGUCGUCCUAACCAUUGUUGCCAUGGUGGUGUACACUGCCUACGUCUUCGUCCCGAUCCACAUUCGCCUGGCUUGGGAAUUUUUCUCAAAAAUAUGUGGCUAUCACAAUACAAUAUCCAACUGAUCUGAUUUGCACUCUGUGAAAUGAAAUGGCAUUGCACAUUUAUGUUGCUAACACUUACUGAUUUAGGUGACUACUGUGCCAUCGUUCGCUCUCUGGCCAGAAAAGCAUUUUUCUCUUUGCACUCCUACAUACUGCCUGGAGUUUCAGAUAGAUGCUUCUCUUGUUUCUUAUGUAUGUUCUACAUUAUGCUCUGACUAUGGAAAACACAAAGCCUUUGCCUAACAUACCAUGCUCAUUCAAAUGAGAAUUUAUCACUUUUUUUAAAAAAUUAAGAUAUCUUCAUACAAUUUUGUUUGGAAAAUAAAUUCAUAAGGGACCCUACCAGAAUUACAUUAAAAUGUUUCCUUGAUAUCUAUUCUGUACUGAUGGAUAUACUACCAAAAAAAAAAAAAA